GACCUCAUCGCUUAUGGCAGCGGGAGGACCGAGGAUCCUCUUCUGUCUUUGGUGCAACUUUACCGCGUCUGCUUUCUCUUUUCCGAAGCCCAAUCCUCACCGGUACAUCAGGUCAGACCCCGUCUGAGAACCGGCCCGGCCUGUCGAGGUGCUGUCUGGACUUUGACGUCGAGUUUUCAAACGUCUCGGCUCAUUGAGGAAGUCGGCGUUCAGCUCUGAGAAUUGAUGGGUUUGUUUUUCACAGUGAGCGGAUUUAAAGGUCAGUGUGAUAACUGAAACGUUUCAGAGUCAGCGUGUAAACAUGAGAGUGAUGGAGAUCAGCUGUGGCGUGUUGCUGUACGUGAUGUUCAGAGUCUGAAACCGCUUCAGCAUGAAGACCAGGAUCGAGGUUCAGAGUGAUGUCAUCAGUCCUCAGUCCAGGAGAAAAGAUGGCUUUUGUUUCACACCUGCUGUGGUGUGAAUGAGACCUGCCCCCUCCCCCCCCUCGGCCUGCUCCCCCCCACACACACACAAAGACUCAACACACAACAAAAACACACACUUUAGCUCCCGCUCACACACUCGCUCUGCACAGAUAGUUAGUGGGGGUUUGGCUUUUCUGCCUUUCAGAGCAAAGUGAGGCCUCCCUCCCUCCCUCCCUCCCUUCCUCUUGCUCUCUCUCUCCCCCCCCUUCCUCCUGCUCUCUCUCGUCCCCCCCUCUCUCUCUGCCCCCCCCUCCCCCUCUCACAUCAGGAUGACAUCAUACCGGGCCGACACAAUGGAGCUCUUCAUCCUCUGAGGUUCCUCGCCAGGCUGUGUCACUGAGCUGGACCGCCGGCCCGGGACGCCCAGGAGGAGGAGGGGGAGGGGGAGUACGAGUAGAGCGGUGGGGGGGUGGGGGGGUGGGAGGGGAAGAGGAGAAGGGGUUGGAGAUGUCAGAGCAUCCAGGGUCCAGGUCUGGGUCCGGGAUGCUGAGGCCUGGAGCGGUGCGGCCCAUCGGGGCUGAGGCUCUGGUGGCCCUGCUGGAGGGGGGGCUGGACCGGGUGGUGCUGAUCGACAGCCGGCCCUUCGUGGACUACAACUCCUCGCACAUCCUGGAGGCGGUGAACGUGAACUGCUCCAAGCUGAUGAAGAGGAGGCUGCAGCAGGACAAAGUCCAGAUCGCCGAGCUGCUGCAGCACUCGGCCAAGAAGAAGCUGGAGCUGCAGGGCGGUCAGGAGGUCGUCGUGUACGAUCAGAGUUCCUCGGACCCGGCUGCUCUCAGCUCCGAGUCUUUCCUCAGCGUCCUGUUGGUGAAGCUGGAGAGGAGUUUCCCCUCCGUCCACCUGCUCUCAGGUGGUUUCUCAGAGUUCUCCCACCUGUUCCCUGGUCUGUGUGAGGGCAAGUCCACGCUGGUUCCCUCCUGUAUCUCUCAGCCCUGUCUGCCCGUCACCAACAUCGGACCCACUCGCAUCCUGCCUCACCUGUACCUGGGCUGCCAGAGGGACGUCCUCAACAAGGAUCUGAUGCAGCAGAAUGAAAUCGCCUACGUCCUGAACGCCAGUAACACCUGCCCCAAACCCGACUUCAUCCCAGACUCUCACUUCCUGAGAGUUCCCGUCAAUGACUCCUUCUGUGAGAAGAUCCUGCCCUGGUUGGACAGAUCGGUGGAGUUCAUAGAGAAGGCCAAAGCGUCCAACGCCCGGGUCCUGGUUCACUGUCUGGCUGGGAUCUCUCGUUCGGCCACCAUCGCCAUCGCCUACAUCAUGAAGAGGAUGGACAUGUCGCUGGAUGAGGCGUACAGGUUCGUGAAGGAAAAGAGGCCGACCAUCUCUCCGAACUUCAACUUCCUGGGUCAGCUGCUGGACUUCGAGAGGAAGAUCAAAGGUCCUCACGGUACAGAAACUAAACUAAAGUCCCUCCAUCAUCAGGAGCCCAGCGGGGAGGCCCCCUCUCAGCCUGAGGACCUGGAGCCCCCGGCCUGUCCGGAGGCCCCUGUGGGCCCCGGCCUGGCCCUGCUGGAGCCCCUCACCCUGCCCUGUGUUUUAGCCGACGCCCCUGAGGAGCGUCUGCUGGCUCAGGCUCUGAGCAGCCUGCAGCUUCCUGAUGGACCUGAAGACAACGCCCGGCUGAAGCGCUCCUUCUCUCUGGACAUCAAGUCGUUCGGCGAGCCGGGCGGAGCUUCUGCUCACCGAGUGUUCGUCCCACACGGUGGAUCAGGAGACGCCGCCGACUUCUACAAACCCUCUGCCUUCAAAGAGCCGACCAGUAAACCCUGCCAGUUCUCACCGGUGCAGGAGGUUUCAGAGCAGUCCACUCCAGAGCAGAGCCCCGACAAGGAGGAGGCCGAGGGACCGGAGCGAGUGGCGCCGCCGUCCUCCUGUGGCUUCGCCAAACCUCCACCCGCUGCUCCGAACUGUUCCCAGCAGCUGCACCGCAGCGGCAGCAUGGAGGAGAACGCCACCAGCUUCCUGUUCGGCCUUUCCCGCAGCCAGCAACACCUGGCCAAACCGGGAUCUGGCGGCGCCCUGAAAGGCUGGCACUCAGACAUCCUGCUGGGCCCCGUCGUCUCCACCUCCUCCCUGGCCGGCGGCUGGUACCUCUCCUCCGACUCCACACGUUUCUACUCCACCUCCAUUUUGAGCGGUGGCGGCGGAGGCUUCACGGCGUACAGCUGCAGUCAUGGCCUGGAGGCGGUACGGCGGCGCAGCCGGCAGAGGACGGGCGACCGCGGAGACUCGAGGAGGAGCUGGCACGAAGAGAGCAGCUUCGAGAAGCAGCUGAAACGACGGAGCUGUCAGAUGGAGUUUGGAGACGGGAUGACGGACAGCAGGUCCAGAGAGGAGAUGGGGAAGAUGGGAAGUCAGUCGAGCUUCUCUGGCAGCAUGGAGAUCAUCGAGGUCUCCUGAAACUGAUCCUGAGACAGGUUUUCAGAAAUCUCACACUCAGUCCAGGUGAGUCCGACUGACGCAGCUUCGACUCCGUUGACGUCACAUGGUCCAACAGCCUUCAGAGUUGUGGGGAGUAACGCGCAACACACAUCGGCAGCAUCACACAGCAGGUGUGUCGCACGGACGGAAGAAACAGGAAACAGUAAAGACGUGAGCUCAGUGUUUUACAGCUGCCACAUUCA